ACGGCGGGAGUUGGUAGUUCGGGAACCCACGUGGGCUGGGCUUAGGAUUGCUCUGCUUGUCCGGUCCGCUGGAGCCCCCACCGGGCCGAGGCGCCAUGGGGAAGUUACGCCGGCGGUACAACAUCAAGGGGCGCCAGCAGGCGGGUCCCGGCCCCUCGAAGGAUCCCCCCGAGCCGCCCCUUGUACAGCUGGAACUAGAGGAAAAGGACACGUUGAAGGGAGUUGAUGCAAGCAACCCGCUCGUUCUACCGGGGAAGAAGAAGAAGAAGUCCAAAGCCCCUGCCCUGUCACAGAGGCAGAGGAAGCCUCUGACCAAGAAGGAGAGAAAAGUGCUGCAGAAAAUCUUAGAACAGAAGGAGAAAAAGAACCAGCGAGCAGAGCUGCUGCAGAAGCUGAGUGAGGUCCAGGCUUCCGAAGCCGAGAUGAGACUCUUUUAUACCACUUCCAAGCUGGGCACUGGGGACCGCAUGUACCUACACCAAAGAGAGAAGCCUGAUGAGGUGGCAGCCCUGGGCCAGGAGAAGAUAAGCAGCCUCAGUGGUGCCCACCGGAAACGUCGCCGCCAGCCCUCGGCCGAGGAGGAGUCCGAGGAGGAGUCGGAGCUGGACGAGGACCCGGCUGCUGAGCCGGCUGAGGCUGGUGCGAAGAGCACUGUGGCACCCCCGCCACCAGCUCCAGCACCCAGCAGUCCGCCCACGCCGGCUGGGAUGCCUGCUCCUCCUCCUCCAGCCGCAGCCCCCGCCCUGCCCAGGGCCCCGGCCAAGCCCGCCGUCUUCAUCCCUGUGAACCGCUCCCCGGAAAUGCAGGAAGAACGGCUGAAGCUCCCGAUUCUCUCUGAAGAACAAGUGAUCAUGGAGGCCGUGGCCGAGCACCCCAUCAUCAUCGUGUGUGGUGAGACCGGCAGUGGGAAGACCACGCAGGUGCCUCAGUUUCUCUACGAAGCAGGCUACAGCAGCGAAGACAGCAUCAUUGGUGUCACGGAGCCCCGCCGAGUGGCCGCCAUGGCCAUGUCCCAGCGAGUGGCCAAGGAGAUGAAUCUGUCGCAGCGGGUCGUCUCCUACCAGAUCCGGUAUGAAGGAAAUGUGACCGAGGACACCAGAAUCAAGUUCAUGACAGAUGGCGUGCUGCUCAAAGAAAUCCAGAAGGACUUCCUGCUGCUGCGGUACAAGGUGGUGAUCAUCGACGAGGCCCACGAGAGGAGCGUGUACACGGACAUCCUCAUCGGCCUCCUGUCCCGCAUCGUGUCUCUCCGAGCCAAGAGGAAGCUGCCACUGAAGCUGCUCAUCAUGUCAGCCACACUGCGUGUGGAGGACUUCACCCAGAACCCGAGGCUCUUCGCCAAGCCGCCCCCGGUCAUCAAGGUAGAAUCUAGGCAGUUCCCAGUGACUGUGCACUUCAACAAGCGGACGCCUCUGGAAGACUACAGCGGGGAGUGCUUCCGGAAGGUCUGGAAGAUCCACCGCAUGCUGCCCGCAGGUGGCAUCCUGGUGUUCCUGACGGGGCAGGCGGAGGUGCACGCACUGUGUCGCAGGCUCAGGAAGGCUUUCCCACCCUCCCGAUCCCGGCCGCCAGAAAAGGACGACGAUCAGAAAGACUCAGCAGAGGAAAUGCGGAAGUUUAAGAAGUCCAGGGCCAGGGCCAGGAAGGCUCGGGCCGAGGUGCUGCCCCAGAUCAACUUGGAUCAUUACUCAGUGUUGCCGGUGGGCGAAGGUGACGAGGACAGGGAGGCAGAAGUGGACGAGGAGGAGGGGGCCCUGGACUCUGACCUCGAUCUGGACCUGGAGGACGGCGGGCAGGAUGGAGGUGAGCAGCCAGACGCCUCCCUCCCGCUGCACGUGCUCCCGCUGUACUCUCUGCUGGCCCCAGAGAAACAAGCUCAGGUCUUUAAGCCUCCGCCGGAGGGGACUAGGCUGUGUGUCGUGGCCACCAACGUGGCCGAGACGUCUCUUACCAUCCCUGGCAUCAAGUACGUGGUGGACUGUGGGAAGGUCAAGAAGCGCUACUACGACCGCGUCACCGGUGUGUCCUCCUUCCGUGUCACCUGGGUCUCCCAGGCAUCAGCUGACCAGCGGGCAGGCAGAGCAGGCCGGACAGAGCCCGGCCACUGCUACAGGCUGUAUUCCUCUGCAGUUUUUGGUGACUUCGAACAGUUUCCACCUCCAGAAAUCACCCGGAGGCCUGUUGAAGACCUAAUCCUUCAGAUGAAGGCUCUUAACAUUGAAAAGGUCAUCAACUUCCCCUUCCCAACGCCCCCCUCCGUGGAAGCCCUUAUUGCCGCUGAGGAGCUGUUGAUCGCACUGGGUGCCCUGCAAGCGCCCCAGAAAGCAGAAAGGGUGAAGCAACUGCAGAAGGACCGGCUGAGCUGCCCCAUCACCGCGCUGGGCCGGACCAUGGCCACGUUCCCUGUGGCGCCCCGCUACGCCAAGAUGCUGGCGCUGGGCCGGCAACACGGCUGCCUGCCCUACGCCAUCGCCAUCGUGGCCACCAUGACGGUGCGGGAGCUGUUCGAGGAGCUGGACAGACCAGCGUCCAGUGACGAGGAGCUCGCCAGGCUGAAGGGCAAGCGGGCCCGGGUGGCCCAGAUGAAGAGGGCCUGGGCAGGGCAGGGGGCUUCUCUGAAGCUUGGCGACCUUAUGGUGCUGCUAGGUGCCGUGGGAGCCUGUGAGUACUCUGGCUGCACGCCCCAGUUUUGCGAAGCCAACGGGCUGCGGUACAAAGCCAUGAUGGAGACCCGGCGCCUGCGGGGCCAGCUGACCACCGCAGUCAAUGCCGUGUGCCCCGAGGCUGAGCUCUUCAUGGAUCCCAAGAUGCAGCCGCCCACCGAGAGUCAGGUGACCUUCCUGCGACAGAUUGUGACGGCUGGCCUGGGGGACCACCUGGCCCGCAGGGUCCAGAGUGAGGAGCUGCUAGAGGACAAGUGGAGGAACGCCUACAAGACCCCUCUCCUCGACGACCCCGUCUUCAUCCACCCCAGCUCUGUCCUUUUCAAAGAGCUCCCCGAGUUUGUAGUCUACCAGGAAAUCGUGGAGACCACCAAGAUGUACAUGAAAGGUGUCUCCAGCGUGGAGGUCCAGUGGAUCCCCGCCCUGCUGCCCUCUUACUGCCAAUUCGACAAGCCUCUGGAGGAGCCGGCCCCAACCUAUUGCCCUGAGCGGGGGCGGGUGCUGUGUCACCGUGCCAGUGUGUUCUAUCGCGUGGGCUGGCCACUCCCGGCCAUCGAGGUGGACUUUCCGGAGGGCAUUGACCGCUACAAGCACUUUGCCCGGUUCCUGCUGGAAGGGCAGGUCUUCUGCAAGCUGGCCUCAUAUCAGGGCUGUCUGCUGUCCAGCCCCAGCACCAUGCUGAAGACAUGGGCCAGGCUGCAGCCCCGCACGGAGAGCCUCCUGCGCGCCCUGGUUGCAGAGAAGGUUGACUGCCGUGACGCCUUGCUAGCUGCUUGGAAGAAAAACCCCAGAUACCUGCUGGCCGAGUACUGCGAGUGGCUUCCACAGGCCAUGCACCCCGCUGUGGAGAAGGCCUGGCCCCCCACCACGGACCACUGACCAGACACCUGGCUACAGGGCCGAGGACUGGUUUGGGGCCUGGAGGGCCGGCAGCAGCUCGUCAUCCUGCGACUGUGACUGCCUGGCACGGGCUCCAUGGCCUGCUCUCAGGAGGCAGGUCAAGCCCUGGGAGCCCCCGUCCAUCUCAGCUCCAUCCUGUACGAAGCUGGCUGCCGACCGGGCCGUCUCGCCCACGUUACCUUUGAACUGUCGGUUACACAGAUGAUGAUUUCAUCUCACGUGCUGGA